CUUUGAGUCACCAAAACAAAAAAAGUAAAAAAAUACUCCAGCUGAAAUCCACUACUACAAGUACUACAACACUUUCACACUAAUUAAUUGCGUGCUUUUUUGCUUAUAAAUAAUUAAAAAGGAAUACUAAUUAAUUGCAGCCGCCACCGUAAUUAAAAAACCUACUUCACUCUCUCUUCUCCGGCAACCCUAUCCCAACACCAUGGAUUUCACUCCUCCGCCACUCGAAGACGGUUUCGCGGCGGAGAAACUUUUCAACAGCGGUUUCUCUUACACUUACGAUGACCUAAUCUUUCUCCCUCAUUACAUCGACUUCGCCGCCGAUGAUGUCAACCUCUCCUCCCGUCUCAGCCGUAACAUCCCCCUUUCAACUCCCUUCGUCGCUUCUCCAAUGGACACUGUUUCUGAAUCUGCCAUGGCUUCUGCUAUGGCCGCACUUGGUGGCAUCGCUAUUGUUCAUCCUAACAAUACUCCUUCACGUCAGGCUUCAAUUGUCCGCGCCGCCAAGUCUCGCCGUGUACCAAUCCUCUCUGAACCUGUAUUCGCCUCUCCCUCCGAUGUAAUCGAGUCUGAAGAGGAUUUCGCUUCUUCGCCUUUCAUUUUGGUAACAGAAUCUGGUACUUCCACCGGGAAGUUUCUCGGUUUUGUAUCCAAAACUAAUUGGUCGAAUCUAAACGAUAAGGGCAUUAGGGUUUCCGAUUAUAUGGAGGCUCCACCGUCUGUUGUUCCGUGGAGCUCUGACCUCGCGAAAAUUGAGGAGGAGUUUGAGAAGAAAAAUGGAAAUGUUGUUGCUUUGGUGAAGGAUGAGGAGGUUGUGGAUUUAGUGACAAAGGAGGAGGUUGAGAGGGUGAGAGGCUAUCCGAAAUUGGUAACCGGAGGAUCGGUUGGGGCUGAUGGGGAAUGGUUAGUGGGGGCCGCGAUUGGGACUAGGGAACAAGAUAAGGAGAGGUUGGAGCAUUUGGUGAAAGCUGGUGUGAAUGCUGUUGUUUUGGAUAGUUCACAAGGGAAUUCUAUUUAUCAAUUGGAGAUGAUUAAGUAUGUGAAGAAAGUUUAUCCUGAAUUGGAUGUUAUUGGUGGGAAUGUUGUGACUAUUUAUCAAGCUGAGAAUUUAAUUAAUGCCGGUGUUGAUGGGUUGAGAGUUGGUAUGGGUUCUGGUUCGAUAUGUACUACUCAAGAAGUUUGUGCUGUCGGGCGUGGUCAGGGAACUGCCGUUUACAAGGUCUCAUCCAUUGCUUAUAAAAGUGGAGUUCCUGUGAUUGCUGAUGGUGGCAUCUCAAACUCUGGUCAUAUUGUGAAGGCUUUAUCGUUGGGAGCAUCCACUGUUAUGAUGGGAAGCUUCUUAGCUGGUAGCCUUGAAGCUCCUGGGGCUUAUGUAUAUCAGAAUGGCCAACGUGUCAAGAAGUAUAGAGGAAUGGGUUCCCUUGAAGCUAUGACUCAAGGCAGUGAUCAAAGGUACCUCGGUGAUACAGCAAAGCUUAAAAUUGCCCAGGGGGUUGUUGGAGCCGUUAAAGAUAAGGGUUCUGUGUUGAAGUUCAUUCCAUACACCUUGCAAGCAGUAAGGCAAGGAUUUCAAGACAUCGGUGCCAACUCUCUGCAGUCUGCACAUGACCUUCUUAGAUCCAGGGUGUUAAGGCUCGAGGUUCGUACCGGAGCAGCACAGGUUGAAGGAGGAAUUCAUGGGCUAGAAUCUUACGAAAAGAAACCCUUUUGAAGUAUGAAACCAUCAUAAAUGAUAAGCCGUGUAGAAGUUGUUGUCGCAGUUAGUAUAAAAGAAGGUAGCUUUUCUAAGUUUUGGGGACCUGUAGUUUAUAAUAGAACAUGGUGGAAAAAGAUUUCCCGAGGUUCUGUCGAAAUUAAGACCCGCUGUGUUUUCUUAGAAUAUAAACUUGAGUGUUUUUUUUUCUCUCUAAAUUAUAUGCAUUAGGCUUUGGUUCUUUUUGAUUUAUCCUAGAUCUUACUAUUUGGUUCUAUAUAGACCAUUGAUAAUUCACUGCGGUUCAACCAUUUAAUCUUUAUUUGGUUUUGUGUC